AUGACCUCGAGCAGUACGAAAGAAGCCCAAAACCCCAAAGAAUCCGGAGACAAUGAUGAUGUAUCUUCAGGACCUCUCGAUUCUAGAGAGCCUCACUUGGUAUUCGACAAUUUUGAUAUUGACAUAGUAAUCAAAGUACUUGAUGCAACGAUAUUCUCACCGUUCUUCGUGAUUUUCUUACCAAUCACAUUACUCUCUCAGACCCAUUCUGGUCAUCCGGCAUUUAUCUUAUCAUGCAUAUGGACGGGGAUAAUUUGCUUCAUCGGUACACUGAAUCAUAUUGAUAGAAAGUACAGAUCAGGUGGGACAUGGUUGUUCGCUCCUGAAAAACUGAAAUGGGAUGAACAGAUUGUCCUAAUCACAGGGGGCGGCUCUGGGAUUGGUGCCCUCUUAGCUGAGACCUUGGCAAUGCGGAAUGUAUCGGUUGUGGUACUUACCAAGGAUCCACCAAAGUUCGAAAAUGAUAAUGAAAACAUAUAUACGUAUAUAUGUGAUGUAUCAGAUUAUAAAUCUGUUGAAGCGGUAGCAGAGAAAGUACGGGAAGAAGUUGGAGAUCCAACCAUCAUAGUGAAUAACGCAGGAGUAGUCAAAGGGAAGUUACUAUUGGAUCUUACAGAGGACGACGUGAAAGAUACGUUCGGGUCCAACACCUUAGCUCAUUUCUGGAUACUCAAAGCUUUCUUACCGUCUUUACUGAGGCAGAACCACGGUCAUAUCAUCACGGUGUCUAGUGUGAUGGGCGUAGUGGGUGCCGCUCAAAUGACCGAUUACUGCGCUAGUAAAGCCGCUUUGAUAAGCCUAAACCAAUCAUUAAGAUUCGAAUUGGAUAAUCGUUACAAAACACCCAAUAUCCGAACUACCCUCCUUCUGCCAUCGUUCAUCUCCACCACAUCACUAUUCUCCAAAACCGUUUUACCCUCUUCUCGCUUGUUCAAUUUCUUCUGUCCACCACUCCAAUCUCACCAAAUCGUCAAAGUUAUUAUCGAUAAUUUAGAUUCUAGGGAAAGUAAGAUCAUCAGAUUACCUUUUUACACUAAUCUAGCUAGAGUGAUUAAUGAUUCGGUGGGGGUCGUACCUUCUUGGAUGAGGGAUUUGAUACAACGUAUUGCAGGUGCGGAUUAUGCGAUGAAGGAAUAUGGAUCUAAACCCGAUGCUGCCGAGAGAUUAGCGGUUGAUAGGCAGUCAAAAUCAAAACAAGAAUGA